CGAGGCGAUGUCCGCUGGCGGCGCGGGUGCUGCCGCCUGAGAGCCGUCCGUCCCACGAGCCGCGCGCCGCGGCCUCGUGUCACUGUACACUGUACACCCGUGACACUGACUACCCUACCGCUACCGCUACCGCUCGCUGGUGGCAGGUGGCAGGUGGCAGGUGGCAGGUGGCAGGUAGCAGGUGGCAGGUGGCAGGUGGUAGGCGGCAGGGGCAAGCGGCAGAGGCAGAGGGCGCGCGGUCGCGGCGCGAUGCGCUGACGCCAUGCGCCGCCAGACAUGCCACGUCGCGCCGCGCCCGCGGCACUGCUGCUGCUGCUCACCCUCAUACUUGUCGGCUGCGCGGGGAACCCGGACGCCAAGCGGCUGUACGACGACCUGCUCAGCAACUACAACAAGCUGGUGCGGCCCGUGCUCAACGUCAGCGAUGCGCUGACCGUGCGCAUCAAGCUCAAGCUGAGCCAGCUCAUCGACGUGAAUCUGAAGAAUCAGAUAAUGACGACGAACCUUUGGGUGGAACAGAGUUGGUAUGACUACAAGCUGUCAUGGGAGCCGCGGGAGUACGGAGGCGUUGAGAUGCUGCACGUGCCCUCCGACCACAUCUGGCGGCCGGACAUCGUACUUUACAAUAAUGCGGACGGCAACUUCGAGGUGACACUUGCCACGAAGGCGACGCUGAACUACACGGGCCGCGUGGAGUGGCGUCCGCCCGCCAUCUACAAGUCCUCCUGCGAGAUCGACGUCGAAUACUUUCCCUUCGAUCAGCAGACUUGCGUCAUGAAAUUCGGCUCCUGGACCUAUGACGGGUUUCAGGUGGACCUUCGACAUAUCGACGAGGCGCGAGGCACCAACGUGGUGGAGCUGGGUGUGGACCUGUCCGAAUUCUACACGUCGGUCGAGUGGGACAUACUGGAGGUGCCCGCUGUCAGGAAUGAGAAGUUUUAUACGUGCUGCGACGAGCCCUACCUGGACAUCACGUUCAACAUCACGAUGCGCCGCAAAACGCUCUUUUACACCGUCAACCUCAUCAUCCCCUGUAUGGGCAUCUCCUUCUUGACCGUUCUGGUCUUCUACCUGCCGUCCGACAGCGGCGAGAAGGUGUCCCUGUCCAUCUCCAUCCUGCUGUCACUGACCGUGUUCUUCCUGCUACUGGCCGAGAUCAUCCCGCCGACUUCGCUCGUGGUGCCGCUGCUCGGCAAGUUUGUGCUCUUUACCAUGAUCCUCGACACGUUCAGUAUCUGCGUGACGGUGGUGGUGCUGAACGUGCACUUCCGCUCGCCGCAAACGCACACGAUGGCGCCGUGGGUGCGGCGCGUCUUCAUCCACGUGCUGCCGCGGCUGCUCGUCAUGCGCCGCCCCCACUACCGCCUCGACCCGCACCGGAGUCGCUUCGCCGGGCUGGUGACGGCGGGGCCGCCCCAGUGGGACGAGGGCUCGCCGGGGGGCAGCGCGCCGCCGGCGCCGGCGCCGCCGCCGCCCGCCGCGUGCCACGCGUGCCGCGCGUGCCGCCUGCACGACGCGCCCGCGCUGUGCGACGCGCUGCGCCGGUGGCACCGCUGCCCCGAGCUGCACAAGGCUAUCGACGGCAUCAAUUACAUUGCCGACCAAACGCGCAAAGAAGAAGAGUCCACCAGGGUUAAGGAGGACUGGAAAUACGUUGCGAUGGUCCUCGACCGACUGUUCCUGUGGAUAUUCACCCUGGCGGUGGUGGUGGGGUCGGCUGGCAUCAUCCUGCAGGCGCCCACGCUGUACGACGAGCGGGCGCCCAUCGACGUGCGGUUGUCGGAGAUUGCGUACGCGACGGCCAAGCCGCGCCCGCCGCCUCCGCGCUGAGCCGCGCCCGCCGCGACCCACGUUUUCCAUUCGCUACUAGAGACCGACGAUGCGAUAUGUUCGUUGUUCGUUCUACUCGUAUAUUUUCCGGCGCCCGAAGGCACCGCACCACGUAAUAUUUUACGAUGUUGUAAAUAAUAUACAUAUUAUAGUUUAUACGACGAGCGAUGCUAUUAACAAUGAGUCGAAUUUCUUUUGAUAGAGACGAAUAAAACGAUUGUUUAUAA